UGAAAGGACCGAGUUGGUACCUCCCUCUGCUCUCCUUAGAUAUUUGGUACGUUCCUCCUCCGAGCGCCAGAAGACAGAGAGAGAAAGAGAGAGGCGAGCGAAGCCGGUGCGAGCGUGCAAGGGUGGAGAGAGCCGAGCUUUCAUUGUCCAUUCUAGCGGGAAGACUUUCUUGCAACCGAGCGGCGGCCGAGAGUUAUGGAGUACUCGAUGCAGGGAGAAGUGUGGAAAGCGCAGACCUUGAAGGAGCUGAUCGAGAUCCUGCAUCACUUGUUUGCGAGCGAUAAAGUCAGUGUGGCAGAAGUGCAAACUUUAAUGGAAUCUUAUGAGAGCAACCCAGAGGAAUGGGCCAAAUAUGCCCAGUUUGACCAAUUCAGAUACACAAGAAAUCUUGUAGAUAAAGGAAAUGGAAAAUUCAAUCUGAUGAUCUUAUGCUGGGGAGAAGGCCAUGGCAGCAGUAUCCAUGAUCACACAGAUUCGCAUUGUUUUAUGAAGGUACUUCAAGGAAACCUAAAGGAAACUUUGUUUGAGUGGCCUGGCAAAAAAGGGGUUGGAGAGAUGCUUAAAAAAUCUGAAAGAGUGUUAAAAAAAAAUCAGUGUGCCUACAUUAAUGACUCCAUUGGUUUGCAUCGUGUGGAAAACCCAAGCCAUACCGAAACAGCUGUUAGUCUCCACUUGUACAGUCCACCUUUUGAAAUCUGCCAGACCUUUGACCAAAGAACUGGACACAAGCAAAAAGUUAAAAUGACGUUCUAUAGUCAGUUUGGAGAAAGGACUCCAUAUACUUCAGCAGUUUCUCAAGAGAACAACUGAGAAGAACUAAACAUACUGAAUUAUAUAUUCUUUUAUUUUAUUAGAAAUUAUUUGAGCAAGAGCAGAAGAAUUAUGUGGCUAAUGCCAGUAUCAAACUGUAUCUUUAUGCAGGACUACAUAGCUGUCCCAUAUGAAAAGCAGUUUUUUUAGCUAUGAUUUCUUUCUCUCUUUCUCUCUCUCAUGUAAACACUAAAGUGCAGAAUAUAGAAGAUUCUUGCAGACAACCAACAAAUAAGAGCAUGGGGGGAGGUGCAGAAUGCCUCUGAUUAAUUCUAUUUCUGAGACUGUGCACACAGACAUUGUACUUAGCAGGCUUUCAGAAUGAAUGUGCACUACUUA